ACACCCGGGAGUCUGGAAGCGAAGCAAAAGCCGCUUCUCACUCACCACUCGACCACUGCUCUCUCUGCGCUCCUCUCCUCUGCGCUCCUCUGAGGCUCUCAACAUGGAGGUCGCCCAAACGCUGGUGCGCGCCGUUAUUCGCGCCUUCUACUCGACCCAGGACGUCCUGGUCAUCGAGGCCCUCACGACGCACUCGGCUCUGCGCGACGACGAGCUGGCGUAUCUUAUGAAGAUGAACCUCAAAGAUCUGCAUCGCCUCUGCGCAUCCCUGCGCGACGCCCGCUUCAUCGCCGUGCACACGCGACCCGAGAUGCAAGCCGGCAAGACGCGGCCGAUCAACCGCACCUACUACUACAUCGACUACCGCCAGACCAUCGACGCCAUCAAGUGGCGCGUCUACAAGACCGACAAAGACAUGCAGGGGAGCGUCCAGCCCGUCGACGAAUCCAAGGAGUACUCGUGCCCGCGCUGCCGCGCCCAGUGGACCCAGCUGGAGGUGCUGGACUCGGCCUCGGCGCAGGGCUUCAUGUGCCAGCGGUGCGGCACGCUGCUGGAGCGCGCCAAGGAGCGCGAGGCGCCCGGCCACCAGCAGCUGUCGCGCAUGAACAACCAGUUCAAGUUCAUGACCGACAUGCUGCAGCAGGUCGACCAGGUCGUCGUGCCCGAGUGCACCUUCGACAAGGCGAUCCAGGCCGCCCGCCCCAUCGUGCGCGACCCCACCCACGAGGUGGCCGCCAGCGUCCCCGUCGACACGGGCCUCAACAAGCCCUCCGCCGUCAAGGGCCUCGCCAACGUCGGCCCCAAGACCAUGCAGGUCACCAUCUCGGACGGCGACAACGAGCAGGAGCGCCUCGAGGAGCGCAAGCGCAAGGAGCGCCUGCUCAGGGAGAACGCCCUGCCCUCGUGGAUGACCGAGAGCUCCGUGCCGCCCAUCACCAGCCAGCCCAGCCAGACCAGCCAGACGCGAUCCUUCGAGAUGGUCGACGCCGCCGACGACGAGGUCGACCUCGUGCCGUCCAAGCGCGUGAAGCUGGAGACGGCCGACACCUCGACGGCCGCGGCCGCCGACGACAAGAGCGCCGUCAUGAGCUUCAAGAUGGAAGAGGAAGACGAAGACGAGCUCGAGUUCGAGGAUGUGGUCUGAGAUUGGGGCGGGGGGAAGAAUGGCGAGUUAGUUUGUGCUGUCUGGUUCGGAGAACGGAAGGGCAAAGAAAGAAAACAAGCGAGCGCGCCAAAGUUCGUUUUGGGAUCAGCUCAGCUCGCGCCACGCCGGGGGCUCAGGAGGGUGAUGCCUCAGUUGGCCUUACAACGGCGGGCCUCCACGCAGCAGUCGGCUCUCGCGUGGUUGGCGCUAUUUCGCGACAGAACCCACGAAGCACGAGAGAGAGAGAGAGAGAGAGAGAGAGAGAGCACAACGGCGGGUGCUCUUCGCGGGCGAGUGCUGCCGGUGGCAGCACCUACAUACAGACUGCGAAUCGCCAGGCCGAAACGGUUGUCCAAGCAUGGAAUUGCAUGGAAGACCGGGCAUGUUGAGAGCUCUGUGAGCUCUUUUGCUGCAUGACGCGGGAGCAGUUCAUCCCCCGCUCCCCCGAAAAGGGGGAUUUGGGAGGUGACAUUGGGAGCCUGGAAGGCCAGCUAGGAUGGAGGAGCGCUGAGAGAUAACAGGGAUCAGGGGCUAACCGAAGCAUAGGCAAGCAGGUUUCGCUAUAUAUAGCAAGAGCUUGGUUAGUAUUGUACUGUACAACGGGACGCAAAAAUCACUCGGCGUUGGGCUGGCGGAAACCCUGGCUAGAGAGAUAGAAAGAAUAGAAUCAAUCCCACGCACCUCGCUAUCCCGCCUGCGUAUAGCCUCAUCCAUUCGACUCCCGCCUGGGCCCGCCGCUCCCUGGUUCGGCCUCGCCUUGCCAUGCAAAUCUAUCACUUGUAUUUUCGAAGCUGCAUCCAAUCAGUGACAACCAUCCUCAUUACGCGUCAGAGGGAGAGAGGGGGGAGGGAAGAG